AUGAAUCGCAAGCGCAAGAGAGACGACUACCCGGGCGACUGGGACGUCGUCGAGGAGACUCAGGACCCCGACAAGUGGUUCUGUGACGGGGUCACACAGCACCUUGUGCAGAGGAAGUUUAUUUCCUAUAGAGUAUACAAACUCUAA